AUGGGUAAAUCAGGACGCCGUCGGAAGCGCAAGACACACGCCAAGGCGGAAAUCGAUGCUGACACUCCUCGUAUCGUUGUUAUCCGCCGUGGUUCGCUACGUCCGGAGCUAAAGCAGUUGGUACAGGAUUUGCGCAUAUUAGUUUCACCUAACUGCGCUAGUCGUCUUAAGGAAGCCGGUCAUCAGAAAAUGAAAGAUUUCACUCAAGUGAGCGAUGCCUUGGGUCUGACUCAUUUGGUUGCUGUGAGUGAGACUGAUCGUGGCUGUUAUUUGAAAGUGGCCAAUCUGCCCAAUGGUCCAACAUUGACGUUUUCUAUUGAUAUGAUGACUCUAAUAUCUGAUAUCGCAAAACAUACUUCCAAUCCGAAAUCUAUAGGCGGAGCCUGCCAUAAUUCACCUUUGGUGGUAUUGAAUGGUUUCGGAGGUCACGUUGAAAGUCACAAGCAGGGUUCCAGCGGUGAUUAUGCCUCUGCUAUGAAGACUGUGUCCAACACGUUCAAUAGUCUAUUCAGUCCUAUAGAUGUUUCUACCACUAAGAUGCAAAACUGCAAGCGUGUAGUGUUAUUCAACAAAAAUCGGGAUACUGAUGUUAUAGUGAUGCGUCAUUACCUGAUAAACCUUGUUGACUGCAACACAUCUACUGUGGUACAAGAGCUGAUCGAUAAGCGUUCGGCAAAGCGUUUGAUUCGUGAGAAAGGUGCCAGUUUUAAGGACGUUAUACGUGCUGCCACAUCUGCAAGUUCAUCUAAUUUGAACGAUGAUUACGUUGAGCUUCGCAAUGUCGAUUCUCGUGAUGUGCUCCUGCGUAACAAGUAUGGAAUCACAAAUACGUAUGACUUGGAAGAUGCUUGCGACAGCAACCACAAGCUUGCAGUUAGUUUGGUCGACGCUGGUCCUCGUUUGAAUCUUCGCCUUAUAAAGAUCCAAGAGGGUGUAUUUUCUGGCGGCGUGUUGUUUCACAAAUUCAUCCACAAGACACGUGAAGAUAUUGACCGUCUUGAGGCAACAUUUGCUGAGAAACGUCGUUUGGAGCAGGAAUCUGAGGAGCGCAAGCGUCGGAAAUCUGAAGUGUCCGAUUCUGGCGAACCCGAUGAAUCUGCCGAGGAAUAA